UCAUCAUCCUCGACUUCAUUAAUGUGCUCACGUGGAGCUUGUUUAGGCUAUUCAUGCGCAAAACACCUCUUCCUCAACCAAUUCCAUCUCUCCACGAUGGUGAAGCCAAUAAUCCUGAUCGUGCCAGGAGGCUUCACACUACCCGAACUAUACAGCGAUGUGAUCACUCAUGUCGCGAGUAAAGGAUACCCCAUCGAAGCUCUUCAUCUCCCAAGUGUAGGCUAUAAAACCAGCGUUCCAGGGACUAUGCAAGACGACGCCGCUUUCAUCGCUUCAGAAAUCUCAAAGCAUGCAGACGAAGGCAAGGACGUCGUACUUAUCGCCCACUCUUACGGCGGUCUACCUGCUACAGAAAGUGCGAAGGAGCUGAGCAAAGCCGAUAGACAGCGACAGGGCAAAUCGGGCGGUCUAGUGAGACUAGCUUAUAUUUCAUGCAUUAUUCUACCAGUUGGAGAAUCUGAUGCUAGCGUUAUUAUGCCGGAUGAUAUGCUUCCCCGGGCUGCUCCGUUCGAGAUUAGGAUUGAUGACGAUGGAUGGUUACAUCAGACCGAUAUCUCGACUGCUGUUUCCUAUGUCUUCAACGACUUACCGAAGAAACAAGCCGAAAAGUGGGCAAAGAUGAGUACUCGUCAUUCAGGCUCCACGUUUCCUGCUAGUCUAAGUCAUGCUGGAUUCAAAGAUGUGCCAGUCUCAUAUUUGCUGUGUACGAAGGACCUUGCGCAGGAGCCUGAGCUCCAGAGAGCGAGUAUCGCGAUGAUGGAAAGGCAGGGUGGUAAGGUUGAUGUUACGGAAAUCGAUGCUGGACAUGCGCCAAAUGCAUCUCGGCCUAAGGAAGUUGCAGAUUGGAUCAUUUCUAUCGCCGAGCGGUCGUCUUGAAUAAUGUCGAUUGCAUUUUGGCAUGGCUUGCAAGAGUUUUGGUUGCGUAGAGCACGGUACCUAUUGACAGGGUGAUGACUUAUAGGUACAUAGUAGGUGGCAUACUUCGUACCAUUCGAACUUUA